AUGGUCUCGUUCGAAGAUGAAGACCCGAUAGAAGGGUCUGGCGAGGAAGAAGAAGAUGAGGAUGAGAACAUGGACGACAAUGACAACGACAACGACAACGAUAAUGACGAAGGAGAAGAUCAGGAGGAGGGUGAAGGUGAAGAGGAGGGAGACGAGGACGACAAUGAUCAAGACGAUGACGGCGACCAAGACGACGACGAAGAAGGCGACAACGACAACGAUCAAGACUCUCCCUCACAAUCUCGCCGUCAAAGUCGAGCCUCCCCCUCUACAUCACGACCGCCGAAUCCGACCGUUAUGCUCACUUCGCCGUCACCGCGCCCUUCCGCACAUCAAUCGCCGAGUAUGCACCUACCGUGGCCCUCAGUACGGCAGGAAGCCAUUAAUGCCGUCACCUACGACAUCGUGCCUACAAUGGCAGCACCACAAAGCACGUCGAUCAAUGCAGUCGCAGCAACACCAGACAUGAGAUGGGUCUUUAGCGGUGGCUCAGAUGGAUAUAUCCGCAUGUACAAUUGGGUGGAAACAGCGAACGGCAAGGUUCCUUUGACUGUGGCGCAGAAGCACCCCUUCGUGGACAGUGUCAUGAAGGCUGGCAGCUUGACAACAUAUUGGGAGAACGAAGAGACAUCAGUCCGCACACCACCUGCGCAAUCUGCAGAAGAGCCGAAGGACUCGUCACCCGUCUACUCUCUCGCAACUCAACACCAAGCGACAUGGUUGCUUUCUGGUCUGGAGUCGGGAGCGAUCAAUCUACAAACGUGCCGUCACCAAGCUGGCACGAAGAUCACGACAUUGCGCGAACAUACUUCGGCAGUCUCAGUCUUGAGUCUGGCACAGGACGAAUACUCCUUCCUGUCAGGUAGUUGGGACAAGACGAUCCUUGACUGGGAUCUGAACAUGGGCAAAGUGAAGCGAUCAUUCGUCGGCAGUGGAGGUCAAAUAUCAGCACUCGAACGCCGGCCGGAAUCUUCAAUACCAGUUCCUCACGUCGCUGAAGAUACACAAAUACCCAGCUCGACCUUCUCCUCGAACAACGCCGCCAAACCCCUCACCAAUGGCACAUCAGCACCGGAAGAAAGAAGAGGAAGCAAGAACAGUCAGAAUGGCACAGAAGAUGCAGCAGGCUCACCAGAUGGCUCCCUCUUCGGCGAUGACAACGGCUCCCUGUUUGGCGAUGAUAACAUCAACGCCGACAAUACAAACAAUAACAACGCCUUUGACGACGAUGACGAUUUUGCAAAGGCAAUAGCCACAGGCCUACAACAACAAGGUCAAGAAGACACCGAGAUGAUGGAUGCCGGAGGUCCAGUCCAACCACCAGAAGACACCAUCGUACCACAAGACCCUACCGACUCAACAGCACAACCACAACAAGAUACCUCCAUGCAAGAUGAAGACCAACAAGACCCUCUAACAACAGGAAACCCUCACGCCGAAGAAAUAACAACAAACGGCCACAACGAAGAAACCUCCGACUCCUCAGAUCCACCCCAAACAUCCUCCUCAACCUUCCUCGACGCCUCCAUCGAUGGCACCCUCCGCAUCUGGGAUCAACGCAUGUCCCAACCCAUUGCUAUCAUGCAUCCUCCCUCCGGCGUACCUCCUUGGUGCAUGGGCGCCUGUUGGUCUGUAGACGGCAACAGCAUCUACGCCGGACGCAGAAACGGCACAGUCGAGGAAUACUCACUACACAAGGGCUUAACAAUGGCGCAACCACAACGCACAUUCAGAUUUCCCUCUGGCAGUGGCGCGGUCAGUGCAGUCAGGGCUAUGCCCAACGGAAGACAUUUGAUCUGUGCAUCCUACGAUAUCCUCCGCCUCUACGAUCUCCGCGAUGUCGAAAACACUCGCAGCACAGUUCCCUUCCUCAUCGUUCCUGGCCAUCGCACCGGUGUUAUUAGCGCUUUGCAUAUCGAUCCGGCGUGUAGGUUUAUGAUCUCCACUGCUGGAAACAGGGGGUGGGAGGGUGUAGGUACGGAAGUGUUGCUGGGCUAUGAGAUUGGGUGUUUGGAACGUGAGAAGUAG